UCUCUCUCUCUCUUCAAAUCCAUUCUCUAGCUCUUUCUAAAUCCAUUCUCUAGCUCUUUCUUUGUUUUUGAGAAGAACAAAAACCUGUUUGAACCUUCAAAAACACAGCUUUUCAUUCUUUCUAAUUCCUCAACAACAAAACAACCCAGCUCCCCAUUUUUUUCUUAGCUUAAUCAAAUACUUAGAGUGACCAUAUAUAUAUAUAUAUAAAACAAUCACUUCCUUUACUUGUAUUUGGUGUACAACACAUAUAUAUUUUACCAAAGAGAGAGAGGUCAAAUGAAAUUGUAUUUUAUGCUAGCUAGCUGGUUUGAUUUCUAAGUAUGUAUAGUCACUUUCUUCAGAGAAUGGAGAAUCAUAUUCAUCAAGGUGAUUUAGCUGAUAUAGUCCUAGCAAGCGGCGGAGCAAUUACAGGCACAUCCGGUGAACCACCCUUGUUCUUCCACUCCGAUCCCAUGAAUUACACUUCCGGGAUCGAUACAGUUCCGAUGAAUGAUCAUUUUGGCGAUCCCUUUUCGAACAUGAUGAGCAAUCAUCCUCUUCUUCAUGAGCUUGAUAUUCCUGGUUCAGGCUUUUUUGAGGACUCAAAGUAUAAUUCUAGUACUGCUAUGAUCAAAGGUGGUGUUGAGGACAACAAUACUGCAAGUGUUGGGUAUAGUGGUGUUUUUGGUCAGAAUACUAUAGAUGAUGAGAUGAAGAGACCUUCCAAUAUUUUUUCAAGGAUGCUUCAGAUCUCACCCAAUAAUACUAAGCUGCCGGUUCCGCGGUGUGAUUCGCCGGUGGUGGUUGCGGCUUCACCAAGGGGGAUUAGGAGUCCUGGCUUAAUUGCUAAUGAUGUGAUUAGUGGUAACAGUUCCAAGGGUUUGUUGUUUGAGAACACAGCUGGGGUACAGAUCUCAUCUCCAAGGCAUAGUGGUAUAAAGAGAAGAAAGAGCCAAGCAAAGAAGGUAGUUUGUAUACCAGCACCAGCUCCAGCAAACAGCAGGCCAUCAAGUGGAGAAGUAGUUCCAUCUGAUCUCUGGGCAUGGAGAAAGUAUGGUCAGAAGCCUAUCAAAGGUUCUCCUUAUCCAAGGGGAUAUUACAGAUGCAGUAGCUCAAAGGGCUGUUCGGCGAGGAAACAAGUGGAACGGAGCCGGACUGACCCCAACAUGUUGGUCAUUACAUACACUUCAGAACAUAACCAUCCAUGGCCAACCCAGAGAAAUGCUCUUGCCGGUUCUACUCGGUCCCAACCAUCAAAGAACACUGCAGCUUCAAAGAAUUCUCCGUCUUCUCAGUCCCAAAAGACCACAAGCUUGAAUGAGGAACAGAAGGAGAGCCUCACCGACAACGUGUCGUCGUCCAUUGUCACUGAAAGUUCCACAACAGGUGGUCCAUCUGUGAAAGAGGAGAUGGAAGAGCUUGAUCAUAAGCAAAUGGACAUAGACGAUGGUGAUCAGUUCAGUGAAGGGUUUCCUCAGACUUACAGGCCAGCAUUGCCAGACUACUACUCCAACCAGUCUGAGGACUUCUUUGCAGAAUUAGGAGAAAUAGAGGCUGACCCUCUAAAUCUCUUGUUCACUCAAGGAUUCAGUGCUGGAGAUGAGGAGAGAGAAAGCAACAAGAAGGCCUUGGAUCCAUUCAGUAUCUUUGAUUGGACAGGAAAUAACAACAAUAACACGUCAUUUGGAGAAGCUAAGAGGGGUUUAUAAUAUUACUUUGAAACAACAACAAAAACCCCCACUAAAACAGACUCUUAUAUGGUUAGUCAUUUUUAUAUGGUGCAAUUUUUGUUUAUGGUCAUGCUUAUAGGCCUUGCCAUUCUGGUUUGAGAUUUAAAGUUGAAAUCCUAUGUGGUAGAGAUCUGAAGUGGAAUAUUGCAUCGGACAGCUCUUGGCUCAUGCGCACGUAUUUGAGCCAAGAGCCAUUCGAUACAGUACUACACACUAGAAAGGAUUCUGACUUCAUUUGCAUGCGUAUAAGGCCCACGUACGCGAAUAACUUGAGAUCUUUCUAUUGUAGUACAGCUCGAUCGUAUAUUUUCUUCAUAUGAGAUUUGCAGUGGGCAAGGUAGUUUUUAUCAAGUUUCUUACCUUUUCUUGAUGUUGUUAUUUACCAGAAGAGUCAGUGGGAUUAGGAAAAGGAGUAAAAAGAGAGGGUGGAGGCAGACCUAAUGAGAGUCCCACAUUCCUUUGGAAUAUUAGUGGAUGGGACAGAAAGCUGAGGAACAGAAGAUUUGAACAGUUAAAACAUGCAAGUACAUUUAUCAGAGACAUGACUGAAAGCUCGUGAAGAGAUUGAUGUAAGGUGGGACUCUUUCUCUCAUCUUUCGGAUCAGUGGACUAAAUUAUUCAAGCCGGACCCAUGCAUUAAUUUGGUCAUGUGUAAUACCUAUAUAUAUAUGUACACACACAUAUGGAGUAUAUGUUUGUAUGUAUAACACUAGGGGAAAAAGCAUUGGAAAAGCUGGACUUUUCAUAUCGAUCAGUCUUCUCCAGUGAUUUGUAAAAGAGAGAUACACAAGCUUUGGGUUCCUCAGCUUUCUGUUUGUUCAAUG